AUGGCCGCAGGGGGAACGAUUAUUAUUGAGCCAGAGAAUUUGACCUUGGGCUCAUCGCUACCUCCCGGAAACCCACAUGGAGUUAGCGUUCAUUUGCCCAAAUGGGCUGAUACAGUCGGGUGGGCACGCCGCGAAUCCCGGGUGCUCAAAGCGAUGAAGACCGGAUACCCACGCUUCUUCGUCCCUCGAGUGGUGGAUCGGCUGGCGAACCGGCUCCUGGAAGAACAAAAGUCAGAGAUUGGGGGUGGAACAGGAGACCAGAAGCUGGCAAUUCUUCUGAACUCUAUCCAACACGCUCAUCUCUGCCGCAAGGUACUCCCAAGAUUGAGUUCGCAACCCAAACGGGGUGAGCCCCCAGACAUCGGAGUGUACCUCGUGACGUGGGAGGGCCAGAUUACACCUGUACCACAGGAAUGUGUCACCGACCGACCCCAGCGUACGCAGGCCGUCGGCGAGGAGGACAUUUUCCUCGUCGCAUUUCCGGCCGACAUAUAUCUGGCGGCCAAGGCCUUCUGGCAGCACACCGGCUUCGGCAUCUCCAGCAGGCGUGCCGCGUAUUGGCUCGAAACUGCGCCCUUUCUCGUUCCAACCACGGCCCCAAAGGCCCUGAUUUCGCCCACCGAGAGAGCGAGACAGCUCGGUGAGGGUUUAGACGCACUCAGAACGCGAAUCGCCGCCGGGCAGUCGUCGCCCCCAGACAAUCUCCAUGUCGACCUAUCCGACGUCUUCCUCUUCCCCACAGGCAUGACGGCGAUUGCCGAGACUGCCGCUACGAUCAAGUCUCUCCGUCCGACGGAUUCUUCCUCUCCUCCUCGUGUCGCAGUAUUCGGGUUCCUCUACGUCGACACGAACAAGGUCCUCUCCCGCAUUCUAGGUUUCGAGGCAGUGCAGUACCACUCAACGUCGGCCUCGCUCUCAGUGCUCGAAGCCGACCUCGAGGGCUCGCCAACGACGACGGAUCAGACAGCGACAGCGAAGCGGCUCGACCUCCUGGUGACCGAAUUCCCGGGAAACCCGCUGCUGCAGGCGCCGGACCUGGAACGACUGGGCCGGUUGGCGCGCACCCACGGAUUCGCCCUCGUCGUCGACGACACGGUCGGCACCCACGUCAACCUUGCCUUACUUGCUCAUUGCGAUGUGAUCUGCACCAGCCUGACGAAGAUGUUCAGCGGCGCCUGCGACGUCAUGGGCGGCAGCGCCGUGCUGAACCCUGCCUCGCCGUACCGGGACCGGCUGGCGCGGGCGCUGGGCCGCGGCCGGGCCGGGCCGGAGGAGCGGGCAUGGUUCUGGGAGGACGUGGUACGCAUGGAGCGCAACAGCCGCGACUUUGGCGAGCGGGUGCGCCGCGCGAGCGAGAACGCCCGGCGGGUGGCCGGGAUGCUGCGGCUGAGCGGCUCCGUGAGCGAGGUGUACUACCCGCUCGGGAGCCCCACCCAGAGCUGGUACGAUCGGUAUCGGAGGGAAGGCGCCGGAUACGGCUACUUGUUGUCGAUCAAGUUCAAGACACCGGCGCGAGCGGUGGCCUUUUACGACGCCCUGGAUGUGGCCAAGGGGCCGAGCUUGGGCACCAACUUCACUUUGUGCUGCGCUUACACUCUGCUGGCGCACUAUAAGGAGCUGGAAUAG